GCGUAAAGUCCCAAUGAAAUUUCCUGGAAUGCGCCCACAAUUGACAUUCCCACUUUUUAGCAACGCCAUUGGCCUUGUUCAUCAACUUGCGUGUAUAAUUGUAGAUGGUAGUCAAACAAGUCAUCAUCAACCGCAAAAGACAAAAAAAUAAAAAAUAAAAAACAACCCAAGAAGGAAAAUUGCGAAAUCUCUCGGAAACUUCGUCUCUGUUUUCGUGUUAGAGUGAUUAUGGCAGCCAUUGGAGGAAACCUGCCAAUGCCAGCACCAGCCAAUGCCUAUACGCCGUUGAGUGACCCCAUUGUGGUGAUUGGAGAACAGUUCGUUGCCCCAUAUCCCGUUGAUCUUAAAAUACAACAAAGAGUAUUUACACUUGCUGAAAAUAAUUGUGAUAUUACCGACGUUGAUGGUAACCUUAUUUUUAAGGCUAAAGGUAAGUUGUUCAGCUUUCGUGAUCGUCGCCUUUUGCUUGACGCCGCUGGACAUCCUCUCGUCUCUCUUAAACAGAAGAUAUUGACUGUACACAGGAGAUGGCAAGUUUAUAGAGGAGAAAGCAACAACUCCAAUGAUUUGCUUUUCAGUGUAAAGAAAUCAUCUUUCCUCCAAUUGAAGACGACAUUGAACGUUUUCUUGGCAUCCAACACUAAUGAAUCACAGCCUGAUUUCAUAGUCAAAGGGAGCUGGUAUGAAAGCGGCUGCACUAUAUAUGCUGGAGAAAAUAUAAUUGCACAGAUGCGAAGAAAACACAGCGUGCAAACCAUGGUAUUUGACACAGACAAUUAUGGACUGACUGCAUACCCUAAUGUUGAUUAUGCAUUCGUUGUUGCUCUGGUUGUGGUUCUUGAUGAGAUCAAUGCGGAUCGUAAUGGCGAUCACUGAACAUAAAAGCACCAUUUUGCUCGUCCCUACCCUUUGACUGAAAAUCUUGCGCUGACGGCUCAUGUCUCCACAAAUUCAAAAAUGCUCAAUUUUCUUCUCCUUUUGAUAUUUAUAAAAGAUACAUAUGUUCAAGAAGUUGAUU